ACGAGAUGUGCAUGGUCAACCCACGACGUCAAAGGUUGUGAAAUAAUUCGAGUGUUUUUCCCUCGAAGAAACAGCUGGGUGUAAACUCCGAGAUGCAGCGAUUGCGAUGAGUUGAAUGUUCUCGCGUACCGAGUCACCAUGUCUUCGCAUUACACGACCGAACCUCCUCCAACUGCCUCAGUCCUUCUCCAUACAUCGGCUGGUCCUCUCACAAUAUCUCUGUUCGCGAGCCAGACACCCUUGACAUGCAGAAACUUUCUGCAACAUGUCCUCGACGAGGACUACAACAACAACAUUUUCCAUCGCGUCUCCCCCGGCUUUGUCAUUCAAACGGGUGAUCCCACGGGCACCGGCGAAGGUGGACAAAACAUAUACGAGGACAGGGAAUUUGAACGAUAUGACGAGGACUGGGCGCGGCUGACGGGGCGAGAAGAGGGAGAGAAGAUCAAGUUUGGAGAUGAAAUCCACAGCAGGCUGAGGUUCAACAGGAGAGGGUUGGUUGGUAUGGCCAAAGGCACUGGAGACGGAGCGGGAUAUGGAAGCCAAUUCUUCAUCACGCUAGGAGACUGCAGAGCUGAACUAGAUGGCAAGUGCACCAUGUUCGGCCGCGUUGAGGGCGAAGGCAUCUACAACGUGGUCAAAAUCGCGGAAGGCGAGCUGUUGGAGGGGAGUGAGAGACCCAUGUACCCGGAAAAGAUUCUCAGGGUUGAAAUCAUCGAGAUGCCCAAGGGUGACGCAUGGCAAAAGAUGCGGAAAAGAAACAAAGUCGCGGAACGCACUGUGGUAGCUCCCGCGAAGAAAAAGGCACCCAAAAAGAGGGGCGGGAAGACUCUACUCAGCUUUGCGGGAGAUGAAGGCGAGGAUGAUGCCGGCGCAGUCGCCGUGCGACCGAAGAAGGCCAAAUUCAAUCCCACAUUGAUCGAUAGCGAGGACGUCCCUGAACCGAAGAAGAAAACGAACGGCACUACUCCUAGACCCUCCGCAGUCGAGAAACCGCAACGAAGAUCACUUUCACCCACCAUCCCGCAAAAGCGUAAGGCAAGUGUGCCAUCACCGACCAAAUCCCCAUCACCAGUCCAGCGCCGAAAGCCAUCAUUCCACGACCCAUUGGGCCAACUUCCCCUCCGCGACCCAGAAUCACCGUCCCGAUCACCCACACCGGACGAACAACCUUCAGCUUCCAGAACAUCUGCACUAGAAGCAGAGAUCGCCGCCCUGAAAGCAUCCAUGCGCCGCAACGUCGACAACAAUGCCAAUGGUUCCAUCGCUAAGAAGUCGGCCCUAGAAUCUCUGAUCCCGGCAACAAGCACGAGAGGUCGCAAAUGGCCUCGCCCAGGCGAAUCCAGCGCGCGUGACGAGGCCAAGGCGCUGAAGAUGCUGAACGCCUUCAAAGCACGGCUGGAAUCUGCCGAUGCACAGGGCAAAGCUCACUCUUCAAAACCCGCCAACGAUGUCAAGGAUCACAACGACCGCAACUCCUCAUCGAUCCCCUCAGACCUAGUCGCCGCACCGCUUCCCACUAAACACGAUGACGACGAAGAGGCGGCGCUGUGCGACCUGCACUUCAUAGCAAAUUGUCAAUCGUGUUCGAGGUGGGACGACCCGAACAACGCCGAGGCCGAGGAGUCUGAGGAUGAUUCACAGUGGAUGAGCCACUCGCUGUCGUUCGCCAAGGACCGGCUCGGCAAGGAUCUGAAUUGGAAGAGGAAGAACGAGGAGGAGCUGGUGGUGAUUGAUCCACGGGAGAAGGAGAAGGAGUUGAAAUUAGAGAGAAGGCGCGAACGAGACAAGGACCGGGAUAGGGAUAGAGACCGGGGAAAAGGGAAAGGCAAGGAAAGACGCUGGUAGCCUUGUAAUACCAAUUGGAACCGGGAAGGAUCCAAGCCUUCUCAGUGCGGCUAUCAAGAUCCACGAACAUUUACGAUUUUGGAACGUCUCCGAGGGUAACACUGCGCAGUGAAAUGCCGCUUCCUUCGCGUCUGGCACACAAACCAUGACUACAUACAUACAUAUAUCAAAACAUCCUGGCUCCUCAAGCAUACUGCGCUGUGCAGAGGGAGUACCGGGUUUCACCGCUCGACAUAGAAGGCCA